AUGCAGCCCUUUCGAAUCCAACCAAACCAGCUUUACUUUUAUCUUCCACCGUCCCAAAUCUCUUCUCCCUUCCCUAUAUAAAGCCAACGCAAGCCCUUCUUCUCUUGAACCAAGCAAAUCCGCCACCGCUCUACUCUAACCCUAUCGUCCUCUUCCUUGUUCCUUUGUCUAACAUUCAUCACCACCACACAUUUUUCUAUUAUUAUUAUUAUUAUUAUGAAACCGUUAUCUCUGCCCUUUCUUCGGCCAUAUCUCCUAGAUUCUUUCUUCUUCUGAUAUUCAUUCGGACCUUUAACCUUUUUCUGGUGGCGGGAUUUUGUUUGUUUGUUCAUUUUCUUUUAAACCCACUAUUUAAUUCUUGAAUCCGCUCCUUCACCCGAUACGUUAUUGCCUUGGUUUGAUAUUAUUUCAAUUUUCAAGUUUUAUUGGCUUAUCCGGUUUCUGGAUUUUUAUAAAGUUUUGUCCUUUGAUUCUUAUUUGAUUGUUUGGAGGGCCGUAACGAUGGCUAUUCCUUGCCCCCAUUUCAUCGCGUCUGAGAAAGCGGCCGUGGAGGCGGGUCUUUUGGUGCCUUCGUCACCGUCAUCGUCCUUAUCUCCUCCUCCCGUGAUUCUAACGCAGGACGAUUUGAAGAAAAUCGCCGCUUACAAAGCCGUGGAGUACGUUGAAUCUGGAAUGGUUCUGGGUUUGGGAACCGGGUCCACGGCGAAGCACGCAGUGGACCGAAUCGGCGAGCUUUUGCGUCAAGGCAAGCUUAAGAAUAUUAUAGGAAUACCCACCUCGAAGAAGACACAUGAGCAGGCAGUUUCAUUGGGGAUUCCGUUGUCAGAUCUUGAUUCGCACCCAACCUUGGAUCUAGCGAUUGACGGAGCAGAUGAAGUCGAUCCGUUUUUGAACUUAGUGAAAGGGCGAGGGGGGUCGCUUCUGAGAGAGAAAAUGGUAGAGGGUGCUUGCAAGAAGUUCAUUGUGAUUGUGGAUGAGUCCAAGUUGGUGAAGUAUUUGGGAGGUAGUGGACUGGCUAUGCCCGUUGAGAUUAUACCCUUUUGCUGGAAAUUCACUGCUGCUAGGCUUCAAAAAUUGUUUGAGGAUUCAGGCUGUGUUGCUAAGUUGAGGACUUUUGGCGAGAAAGAUGAACCAUUUGUAACUGACAACGGAAAUUACAUUGUAGACUUGUACUUUAACAAGAGUAUUGGGGAUCUGAAGGUUGCCAGUGAUGCGAUUCUUCAGCUUGCUGGCGUUGUGGAGCACGGAAUGUUUCUGGACAUGGCUACUACAGUCAUCAUUGCAGGUGAACUUGGGAUAACGAUUAAAAAUAAGUAGUCAAGUUCAGAACCUGAGAAACUGGAGGUAGUUUGAUUGAUUGAAGUUGACAUGGUCAUCUAACAUUAAUAGCUAUCCUAGUACUAGAGAUUGUCGUUGUUCAGUGGGAGGAGGUGGUCUUCGUUGUAAAAGGCGAUCAAGUUUCCUAGAUCCUAGUAUUAGUGGAUACAGCGGAUGAAGAGAGUGCCUUCUUCAAAAUUAUUAUUCUUUUGAUAGAAUGUAAGCAAGCAGAGAAAAAGUCGAGACUUGCUAUGCCGGAUUAUUAGUCUCCUGUAACAGCUUUGAUGUGGCUAUUAAUAUAAAGUGGCCUCACUAUUUUAUUCAAGAAUUGAUAGUGGUUUAGAUUUUGCUUCUCUUUCUGCCUAGUGGUUGUUAUUGAAAUCUGCAGUUGCUGCCUACUUCUGUGCUUAGUCAGAAAAGCCUAGCCCAGUGACUUUUUUCUACGUGGCCUUGACAAACUGAAACUAUUAUUAUGAAAUUCACUCUACUUUUUAAAACUGUUCAUUUCCCCCUAAUUAUACAGCUUGUGUGAUUCUAAUGUCUGUACUAACUUCAAAUGUAUUGUUAGACCAAUUGGUUUAAUUAGUUAUGAUGCAUGUAUUAAGGUGAAAUGCCUGAAGUUUUCCCCCUUUCUCCUAUACUUUUUUGAAACCAGUUGAAUAGAAUAUAUCCAACAAAGUCUUCCACUCGCCCUUCCUCAUAGAGUAGAGUUACAGAGUCAUUUUCUAUCACCGAAUUGCUGUUUUUCUUUUUGCAUUAUUUUCUUUUCCAUUAUAUGUAACCAGUGGGAUCUUUCCUGUUGUUGCCUGAGGGAACUACAGUAAGACAUUCCAUCUUGAAUAUGUGGAAACUGAAGUGCUUCCUUGUCUCUGAAAAGCAAUAGCAAUAUUUUAGGCGGUUAAUGGGACCUUUGUAGAAAUUUUGCAUCUGGUGCUGGAUUACUCCAAAUUAAUGUCUUGGAUGUAUGGCUGCAAUUGUUGCUUCAAAGGCAACAUGACUUGAAAAACUGCUUUCUCUUGUUCACACAGUUUAGCUGGCUAAUUCCUCAACCAUUCCUUGUCCUCUGACCUGGGUUUUCUAAUUUGCAAUACAUCCAUCUUUGAUGAGCAUUUUGCAGAUUCGGUCCUUCAUUCAGGUGAGUGUGUGAGUUCAUGCUCCGUGGUUGCAUUUUUACUGGAUAGGUGCAUUUCCUUGGCUUAGGUUCCAUUUUUAACUGGAUAGAUGCAUUUUCUUGUCUUGCUGUGCUAUUUUGUACUUUUGGAUAAAUUUCUCAUUCUAUUUUUGUAAAUAGUGCUAGGUUAUCCUACAAUUGUGAUUUUAAUUUAUGUCACUCCCAGUCAUAUUUCAAAUGGCCAUAGCUUUUUUCACUUCCAUAAAGUACAGCAGAGAGUUUCAUGUACAGUUCUGUUGUAGAAAUAUUGUGUCUCUUAUCUGGUUAGCGUGAACUGUAUUAGGAAAAUCAGAUGCAGAUUAGUCUUAAUUAUGGUGAAAAGGGCCAAAAUGACUAUUGUCAUCACCUGGGGCUUGAUGCUGUUCAUACUGUUCUUGACUUGAUUCUGUCUUGAUCCCUGCACGCCAUUGAUUUUGCAUCAGCAGGAGCGAGAAUUUUGAAAACCAAGACCUCUGAUCAUUUGAUUGCACGCAUCCAUGAUAAACAUUUGGUUAAAGAACCAGAGAGAGUUUCUUGACAAUUGUUUUUCAAAGGUUUUUUUUUUUUUUUGGCUUGUGUUUAUUUGUCCGAUAAUUGUAAGUAGAUAUGAGCUAAUAUUGACUUUAAUUGAGGGAAUAUUGUACUGAUAUGGUAGAGGGCAGGAAGUGAGGAUUAUGGGCGUAUGCCAUGGAAACGUCCUCUACCCAGCAGAGUUUGUGAAGCAUGCUGGUGGUGGUGAUGUUGCUCACCCACUUGGGCGCAUAGUUGUAAACCCUUCCUCUUUGUAAUAUAUGAUACAUUUGAUGAGUGAAGUAUUUCAAUUA